GCGAUGGCCUAUCUUCCCCUCGCGAUCCCCACAACUUCUCCUCCACCCACCCGCCUACUCCCUCUAAGCCCUAUAUCAAAUCAAAGAAGAAAGGAACCUUCUUUCCUUCGUCUACCCAUUAGCCACCAACUCCGAUUCCAAAAUGCGCGGCGCCGCCCUCUGGCAGCUCGGCCAAUCUCUCUCCCGUCGCCUUUCCAAUUCCUCCAACCGCCCAAAACCCCGCUUUUUUGCCGCCGCCGCUGCCGAGCUUAAGAAAACCGCUCUCCACGACUUCCAUGUCGAGAACGGUGGAAAGAUGGUCCCAUUUGCGGGAUGGAGCAUGCCGAUCCAGUACAAGGAUUCCAUCAUGGAUUCCACCGUUAAUUGCCGCGAGAACGGCGGCCUAUUCGAUGUCUCCCACAUGUGCGGCCUUAGCGUCACCGGAAAGGACUCCGCGGCUUUCCUUGAACGCCUCGUGGUUGCCGAUGUAGCGGGUCUCCGCCCCGGCACCGGCACGCUUACUGUUUUCACUAACGAGCGCGGUGGAGCCAUUGACGACUCUGUUGUCACUAAGGUUCGGGAGGAUCACAUCUACCUUGUCGUGAACGCUGGGUGCCGUGAUAAGGAUCUUGCUCAUAUAGGGGAGCACUUGGAGGCGUUCAAGGCCAAGGGUGGCGACGUAUCUUGGCACAUUCAUGACGAAAGGUCCCUGCUUGCCCUGCAGGGCCCACUUGCUGCACCAGUUCUUCAAUUUUUGACAAAAGAUGAUUUAAGCAAAAUGUAUUUUGGGGAAUUCAAGACAUUGGACAUCAAUGGCUUCAAGUGCUUUCUUACAAGAACUGGCUACACUGGAGAAGAUGGCUUUGAAAUCUCAGUCCCUUCAGAGAACGCAUUAGACCUCGCAAAAGCUAUCCUAGAAAAGUCUGAAGGGAAGGUGAGGUUAACAGGCCUCGGUGCUCGUGACAGCCUGCGUCUCGAAGCUGGCCUCUGUCUGUAUGGUAAUGAUAUGGAACAACACACCACGCCAGUAGAAGCUGGCCUGAGCUGGGCAAUUGGAAAGAGAAGAAGAGCAGAGGGCGGUUUCCUCGGCGCAGAUGUGAUCCUCAAACAACUUGAACAAGGACCUUCCAUCAGAAGAGUCGGUUUCUUCUCCUCAGGCCCUCCUCCAAGAAGCCAUAGUGAGAUCCUAAGCUCAAAUGGUGAAAAACUUGGUGAGAUUACCAGUGGAGGUUUCAGCCCAUGCUUGAAGAAGAACAUUGCAAUGGGCUAUGUGAAGUCUGGUUCACAUAAACCUGGAACUGAAGUGAAGAUUGUUAUACGUGGCAAAUCGAAUGAUGCCGUUGUAACGAAGAUGCCUUUUGUCGCAACGAAAUACUACAAGCCUUCUUAAUGGCACAAAGGUGCUCUCUUGUAGCCUCCUAAACUCUCUGCUGGAUCUGCUCUGAUUCAUGAGUUCUGAAUGCUGUAAACAUACAUGACAUUCUUCAUUUAAGUCUCUGAAGGCAGUUUGCUUCUGCUGUUUGUUUCCAAUUUUUUGUAUUGAACUAUUCUGAUGAGUUGGAUAUUAGUUUUUCACCAUAGUUAUAUUAUGUAAAAGUUUAA